AUGUCUUUCUGGGCGGGACCUCAGCUUGUCUCGAAAUGGCCAGAAAGUCUCAAGAUUGUUGAUGUGAUUGAGAACUGUAAUCCGAGCACCACUAGGGUGCUCGGAUUUAUUGCCUUAAGCUAUGUUUCUGGUGGCAACCAAGAAGUUGAACUACCACUGUCAGGCUGUCUUCUCAGAGCUUCUCAGCCCAAAACUAUCCAGGAUGCUCUCAUUGCAUGCGAUAAGUUUGGGUAUCGAUAUCUUUGGGUUCAUCAGCUUUACAUAAACCAGAAAUACGAGGAUGAAUUGCAAGACCAAAUACAAAUAAACCAAAUGGACCGCAUAUCCCAACAUGCUACAUGCACUCUGGUAGCAAUGGAUGACCAUGAUUCGAAUCACGGCCUUUCUGGUGUGACAGUACCACGUUCCUGGAAGCUUACAGUUAUCCAUAUUGGCGAGAUGGUCUUUUAUAAUCAGGAACCAAACCUCAGCUUGUGUAUGUAGUUUAGUCCAGGGUUUAGCCGGGAUGGAUAUUGCAAGAGAAUGUCUACUUUUCAAAACUUCUAUUUUUCACCCAGUUUGGCAUCUAUUACGUGGCUCAGGGUGCCGCUGGUUUUUUUUUUUUUUUUUUUUUUUUUUCUUUCUUUACAACCUUUUCUCUAGCGCAUACAGCUAGGACUCUACCAGAGAGAUUCGUAUGCUUGCAAUAGAGAUCCCAUAAAUGACCAACAACGAACGAUCAAGCCGGCCAAUAUGACCCGAGAUAUCAUUGAAUGAGCCCAGAGUCG